AGUCGUUUUAUUGAAACUCAGCAACUAAGAGUUGAACAAGCAUAGUUUCUCAAAAAUAUUAUAUUGAAUUGAAAACGAAUUGUCUUUAAAAUUAGACCAUAAAACAUUAUUUGAAGUGUGAAAUAACAGUUUUAAUUCACCCAAAAGUACAAAAUAAAUCGAAAUGGGUAAAGGAAAGCAACAAGCAUCAUCAGCUCCAGCUUCUGAUAAAAAAGGUGGAAAACCUGCAGCACCAACAGUAGCUCCUGUUGCAGCAGAAAAAGCUGGGAAACCUGCCGGUAAAGGCGGAAAAAAAGGUGGCAAGAAGUGAUACACAACAUUAUUAUCCAGAGAAGUUUAAUCAUCUCAAUGUAUUUAAUAUUUCUGAUUUGUUCAUUAAAAAAUUAAAAACGAUGUUAACCGAUGAUAUUUUAUUAAUUGCAAAAAGUAUAAAAGGAUCAAGAAAUGGCUGAACAAACAUAUAACUCAGUAAAUUGAAAGUUUCUUUUUUUUAUUUUAAUGUGAUUUCAAAUAAAAUGAUUAAUUUACAAAAAUA